AUGAAUCAUGAGCGCAGGAGAUAUGCAGCAAACAGCCAUGGCAAGCUCUGUGGAUUCGGACUUCUGGCCUUUGGCACCUGCAUACAACUAAGCUUCGUGCCGCUGAUAGGGAAGAAGCCGCACUUCGUAGUACCAGUAGCCACAUCUGUGAUUCCACUGCCAGCGCUGGCAGACUUUGAAGCACCAAAUCUCGGCUUGGCGCUUUCCGUCGUGAUCGUUUUAGGUGGCGCAGCCACUGCACUCUCCUGGGUUGCCAGCCUGAAACCGCGAAAGACAGUUGAUGGACAGCCUCGCUCCACUUCCCUCUAUCGUGUCUUUCAGGCAAGGAUGAGGGCAGGUGAGUUUGCCACAUUGUCCAAGCCUGAAGAUGACGACGUGGAAAGCAAAGGUACUUCUGAGCUGGGCACCGAGGAACUCGAUGCGCUUGUCGAUGCUUAUGUGGAAGGGCUUGAAGAUGAUGACGGCCAGGAUGUCUCCUUGAGCAAGGAAGGCAAAGAGUCCAAGUCGAACAAGUCCUAG